CAACAGUCCUUGAAAAAAGUCCAUAAAUUUUCCACCAUGUUAACAAAUAAAACAUGAAUUUUCCCUAGUAUAAAUAAAUAGUAUCUGUUUAGCUCCUAAACUAAAUUGUCUUGACAUUACUUCAGAAUGUAUUUCUGUCAGCUAAACUUACCUUUAAUCUAAUCAGUAGGCGGUGUGAUUAAUUCGAAUUGUAAUUUAUCUCUUUUAUACGACAACUAAUUUUAGUUGAACAUGUCGUUCAAAUAUUACUCCAAAAACUAUAAAAAAACAAAACCUUCAAUGAAAAGUAAUAUUUAAACAAUUAGAACAUGAUCAAUGGGCGUAUCAUUCUGCAAACUAAUGAUGUUGAAUCAUUGCUACUUUUUCCGAUUAAUUGUGACCUUCUAGCUUUACUCAUCUUUCCAGGUGUGUCAUCGUAAUUAUUAGUUUCAGUCAACACCUCUGAACUCUAUUGGUGCCUCUAUUGGAUAAAUAAUAAUUGAAACGAUGUUUUAAACGUUUCCAUAAAAUUAAUAUUGGAAAUGGAAAUGAAGCCAGAUUCAGAAAAUUAUGAUCAGAGUUCUGGAUCGCUGGAUAACAAUGGAAGUAUGAUUUCGAAUGUGGUAUCAAGUGGUGAAAACGGAAUUUCGGAAAGUGCUCAAGAAUCAUCUGAAUCAUCAGGAUCAUCAACAAACUGUUUAAUAAAUAAUCAAAAUUCAGAAGAAGGACAAAGGAAAGAUCAAAGUACACCAGUUUCUCCUAAAUGUUUUUCUAAUGCAUGUGAUGAAGUUACUAGUUUAGUUAUUAAAAAUAAAAUUCAUCAAAAUGGAAAUUCGGAGAAUGAAGAUUUAUCAAAUUCAGUUUCUGAUGGAGAAAAUUGCAAUGGUGUUUCAGAAAAUGUCAACAGUACAGAGAAUAGUGAUGCAAAUGUGCAACCUACUUACUUGCAGAAUAUGUUAAAGAAAAAGCAAUUUAUGGGAAGUGUAUUUGAAAAUUCAAAACCAUUACAUAAUUCUGAGACGUCCAAUUGUGCCAACGAGCCUGUAAAAAAAAAUAUGAUCAGAAAGAAAGAAUUUUUAAAAAACAAUCGUCGUGCUGGCAGUGAAGAUUCAUCUUUAAAUAAAUCAACUACAAAUCAAAAUGAUAUAAGACAAUAUUCACUCGAUGAUCAUAAUAUUUCUACUGGUAUAUUAGAACUUGAUGAAGCUUGUAGUAGUAGUAGUUCAUUACAACACAAAAGUACAAAUGUUUCUGUAGACGAAGCUGUAUCAUUGCCAUUAGAUUUUCUUGAAUCAAAUUCUGAGGAUGCUGCAACUAUUUUACACAAACCAUUUAAACUUCCAAGCCUCGUAAAUUUAUAUGAAGCAGUAGAAGCACAACGAAUCGAGCUUGAAGAAAAUGCAGCAGCAGCAGCAGCGGCUUCAAUAGAUUGCGCUUCGGGAAUAAGCAGCCACGAAGAUAAUGCUCAAGCACUUGCUUUAGAGCCUAGAUCGUCUUAUAGUAGUGAAGGAAGUAAUUCUGAUACUGAAUCUCAGCGAGUAACUGAUAUUCUGAAGAAUGAGUCAGCCAAGAAAAGAGUACGAAGCAUCAAUGGAGCAGGAUUACCAGAUCGAGUAGAAUAUUAUCAAUUGUGGCGAAGCACUGGUGGUCCAUCAUCAAUUCAAGAUUCUAUGCAUGAUAAUAUGUAUCCAAAUCCUCCACCAUUACCACCGCGAGCUACGCAUAGGCCUUUACAUCGUACUAAUGCUCUACCAACUGCUUUACCUACGUUAUCUCAUAAACAUCUUCAUAAACAUACUGUUCCUUGUCGUCCUGAAGAUUGUUUUGGAUUUGAAAUUGUUGAUGUCGAUGAAGCUAUGGCUCUAAAGACUCGAACGGCUGUAACUAAAACCAUUGCUUUGUUAAGUUCUCCAAGACCUCACAAGCCAUUAAUUAGAUCAGAAACUGGAGCAACAAGUCAACCAGAAUGUCCUCCAACUCCAACACAUCGUCCAAAGCCUUUAAGACCUUCACAAAUUUGUUCUUCUGAUUCAUCUGUAUCAUCUGAUGAGUCACUACCUCCAUCUUGGGAAGCAAGAAUUGAUAGUCAUGGAAGGGUUUUCUAUAUUGAUCAUGUAAAUCGGACAACGACUUGGCAAAGACCUGGACAAACAUCUCGAAAUGGUUGUGACAUGCGUCGACAGCAACUUGAUCGAAGGUAUCAAAGUGUACGAAGAACGAUAUCACGACCAGACAAUAUUGAUCGUGAAGCUGGAUCUUCUGUGUCAAGUACUAGUCAAGACACUGAAGACAGACAAGAUUUUAAUCGGGUAGAAAGAAGUGAAACAGAGCCGUUCGAUAUAACAACAAUACCUCCUGUUUUAUUUCUUUCACGACCUGAUUUUUUUACUGUACUUCAUACCAAUAUGAAUGCUAUGGAGCUUUAUAAUCGCAAUCCAAGCCUUAAACACAUGAUUAGCAGAAUUAGAAGAGAUCCAUUAGUUUUUCCACGAUAUGAACAUAAUCGUGAUUUAGUAGCUUUGAUUAAUUUCUUUGCUGACCCAUCGAAAGAUUUACCACGAGGCUAUGAAUCAAAAUUAGAUAGGACUGGUAAAAGGUUCUUUAUCAGUCACGCAAGAAAGGCUACGUCAUUUAUUGACCCAAGGCUUCCAACUGAAGCUGCUCAUCCACGAACUGUUCUUGAUGAAGCGCCUAUUCCACCUCCUCGGCCUCAACAGUCUGGUAUUUCAGCUGUUCCAGAAAUUCCAGUGGCUUAUAGUGAUAAAGUAGUUGCUUUUCUACGACAGCCAAAUAUUAUAGAUAUUCUAAAGGAACGUCAGUCGUCUGUGGCACAAGAUAUUCCUCUAAGGGAAAAAAUAAAUGCCAUCAGAGUAGAAGGAACAACAGCUUUAAAAAGAUUAGGCCAUGAUGUGACUUUGGCUGUGUUAUUAAGUUUAUUUGAGCAAGAAAUCAUGUCUUAUGUUCCUGGAAAUAUUGGUCGAUCUCCAAUAAAUAGUCCUCAUGCAUCACCUGGCUUUACUAGAGCAUCUGCACGAGCUCCUGCACCUUACAGACGAGAUUUUGAAGCUAAACUAAGAACUUUUUAUCGCAAACUUGAAAGUAAAGGAUUUGGCCAAGGACCUGGUAAAUUGAAACUGCAUAUAAGAAGAGAACAUCUUUUAGAAGACGCUUUUACAAGAAUUAUGGCGGCAUCAAAGAAAGAUUUACAAAAAGGAAAGUUAGUAGUGAUUUUUGAUCAUGAAGAAGGACUUGAUUAUGGUGGACCAUCUCGUGAAUUUUUUUUCCAUUUGUCUCGAGAAUUAUUCAAUCCUUAUUAUGGACUUUUCGAAUACUCUGCUAACGAUACGUAUACAGUUCAAGUUUCUCCAAUGUCUGCAUUUGUUGAUAAUUACCAUGAUUGGUUUAGAUUCUCUGGAAGAGUUCUAGGUUUAGCACUCGUUCAUCAAUAUUUACUUGAUGCUUUCUUCACUAGACCUUUUUACAAAGCAUUACUACGUGUUCCAGCAAGCUUAAGUGAUUUGGAAAGUCUUGAUCAAGAGUUUCACCAGAGUUUAAUGUGGAUUAAAGAAAGAGAUAUCAGUAUUGAACCUCUUGAGCUCACAUUCUCAGUAACUGAAGAGCUUUUAGGACGUGUUGCUGAACGAGAAUUAAAACCUGGGGGUCGUAACAUCGUAGUAACUGAGAAAAAUAAAAAAGAAUAUUUAGAAAGAGUUGUUAAAUGGAGAUUGGAACGAGGAGUAGCCGAACAAACAGAAUCACUCGUUCGUGGAUUUUAUGAGGUCGUUGAUCCACGAUUGGUUUCAGUAUUUGAUGCAAGAGAAUUAGAAUUAGUGAUUGCUGGUGCUGCGGAGAUCGAUUUAAAUGAUUGGAGAGCACAUACGGAGUAUAGAAGUGGUUAUCAUGAUGGUCAUCCUGUCGUUGAGUGGUUUUGGAGUAGUAUUAGCAGAUUUACCAAUGAACAACGAUUGAGACUUCUUCAAUUUGUCACUGGUACUUCUAGUAUUCCAUAUGAAGGAUUUGCUGCUUUGCGGGGUUCGACGGGACCAAGGAAGUUUUGCAUUGAAAAAUGGGGUCGACCAAACAGUUUGCCCAGAGCACACACUUGUUUUAAUAGAUUGGAUUUACCUCCAUACCCAACUCCGGAAAUUUUAUAUGAAAAAUUACUCUUGGCAGUCGAAGAGACCAACACAUUUGGCAUUGAGUAAAUUAUAUUUAAAAUUAAAAUAAAUGAUUCAAUUUUACAAAAAUUUUUAAACGUCGAUAUUGAUGUAUUUAUACAAAAUUUAUGUCAGGUUAAUUAAUUUAUAACAGAUGAUCAAAAAGCUUAGUAAUUAUUUAUUAUAUUGUAAAUAUAAAAUCAAAUGAUAAUAACUAUUAUUGUCAUAAUUAUAAUCGUGAAGAAAUGAAAAUUUGGUUUUCAUUCUAUAGAGUAAAAGCAGAGAAAAUAGACCUGCAUAGAAGUUCAAUGCUGUAUUGUGUUUAAGGAUCACCCCAGGCCAUCCCAACUGUGUUAAACUCCUACUUGGCUCCAAAGAACCCAUACUAAAUUUUUGGAACACAUCGGCCCAUUUCAAAUAAACUUCUAUUCACGUCUCUCUUCUCUGGUAAAAGCAAAUUUUAAAAAUGAUUUAUUGAUAAUGUAUGAAUUUAGGUAAAAAUGUGAUUUAAAUGACUUCAAAUAUUUUUAUUAUAUUGUUUUAAAUUAUUUUAAAAUAUUAGUAGAAAGUUUUAUUAAAAGAUUCAAAAUCUUUACUAAAAAUAUUUAAUUCAUACAUUUCAUAUCUUAGAAAAUAUUAUUGAACAGCUUUGACAGUUAUGAAACGUAAAGCCUUAAUUUACGCACAGCAAUUACAAAUCAUACGAAUUUAAGUAAAAAUAAUGUUUGUUGAAUGUCUAUGAAAUAUUUUGAAACGCUUUAAAAUUCGGUUAUCUAGAUAUAAAUCUAGAUAUGAUGAUUUUUCUUACUUUUUUAUGCAUAAAAAAGUAAUAAUAAAAAUAACGAAAUAAUCACGAAUAUAAUAUGUAGAUGUUACGAAGUGUUUUACACGAAAUUUCAAAUGUAUAUCUAAUCUCAUUAAUUGCUCAUAAUAUACAUCGAUAUUCAUUGGUUUGGCCGAAAUUAAAAAGAAAAAUGAACAACAAAAUGAAACCACCAAUAAUUCGAUCAUCGAUUCUAAAUCACUUUCUAUGAUAUAACUAUAAAAGGAAUAAAUUAAAACAAUAAAAAAAUUAGAUAGGCAUAACUUGACAAUUAUGAUCACUAGAUACAUCCUAGAACUCAUGACAAAUAUAAAAUUUUAUUUUAAAAGAUAUUAGCGUAGAUAUUAAGUUGUAAUUGAUAAAGGCUUAAUUAAAAUGGAGUGAAUGAAAAAGUCUGAAACUGCGAUUUAUUCUAAAGUUUUUCUAAAAACAGAAUUAAUCCAUAAUAAUGUUAUUUAGAAAAAGAGACUUAACGAUAAGUCUAUAAAUUGCAUAAUUUAAGUAAAUCAUCAAAAUAAAAAAUUAUUGCAACGAUAGAAUGAUGAUUCUUUAGACGUGCUUAGCUUUUUUAAUUUAUUUAUUAUGCAUUAAUUAUGCUGAAUAAUGAACUUAUGGUUUAAUAAUUAAUCAACUCAGAUAUAUCAUCGGAGUUUUUAAAUAUUUAUUAGUUUUAUACAGAGCUUGAUAGUUGUACACCGUCAGCGCUUUACUAUUUUUAUUAUGUAUUACAAAAAAGCGAUGAAUGGCAUAAUAACUUUGCAAACGUUUUGUCAAAGUAUCAAGUAAUUAUAUAUUCAUUUUAAAAUACACAUAAAAUAAUUAUUUGUGCAAUGUAUUUUCAGGAAAAUUAUGUUUACUUUAUUAAGUAGGUUUUAUUUAUUUUCGAACAAAUUUUUUUGAAAGCAAAAAGAUAUGUGUCAAAGCAUUUAUACUUCGCAUUUGUUCUUGAUUCUAGUCA